CGCUCGCGCUUAGUAUCGUUGUAUUUUGUACUCGAAACACUACUUCCAAACGUUCUCUAUUACAUAUGCAACUAUUACGUAUGUUCCAAAUAAUUAAAGGUUCGAUUGAAAAACGUGAUCAACUUAACCAUUUUGUUAUGCUGUGGAAUGAUUAAGAGCAACAUAUUUGAACAAGUGGACAUUUUAUUCUUCGAGAAAUAAUAAGUGACGCACAUGUAUCAUGUUUAUGUUAAUGUAUAUAUCAUAAAAGUUCUAUAAUUAAAUAUUCUAAGCCAGUUCAUGCAUAGAGGUAAUGAAAAUGAAGAUUACAGGAAUUUUUUCUGUAAGAUAAAGAUUAUUCUUUUAUAUAAAAUCCUAUAGAAAAAUAAUCAUGAGGAUGAUUAUUGAAUAAAAUGGAUAAACGAUUGUAUGUAAAUACAAUGAAAGCAUAGAUGCCCAAAAUUGAACGUGAAUGAAUGAAUAAAAAUUCGUUUGAAAUUACUUGGAUCCGGCUAUACAGAGAAGAAGGAACAUUGGCCUUUUUCAAGGCCAACCAGAUCAACUACUAUCGUCUGUUUAUUUAAAAAGAAAUACAUAUUUCAAUAAAUAUACACCUCUCGGUGUUGGAAUAAAUAUUUGAAUUUCAUCCUCAUCGGAUUGCAUGUUAAAAGUAUCUCUUAAUAUUACUGAAAUACGUGUUGGAGAGAUAAAAUAUCAAGGAAGAGAAUGCGAUAAAUUGAUGUCGAAUAAUAUUAGUAGUGAUAAAGAAGAAUAGUUGUUGUAAUUAUUCGAUAAGUUGUUAAUAAGAUUGAGAGUUAAAAGAAAAAAGAUCACUAAUUUGAACUGUGGCUAUCUUGGGCCAACGCACUCGACUUAGCAGUGUAGUGUGUGCAAAGUGAAAAGGCGGUCGUAUUGCGGAGGCCGCGGCUUUCACCCAAGGAUUAACGUCUUGCAUUCAGUGGCCUCGAGUUUUCUACUAGUAGCACUACAGUCGGAGAGUUUGAGUGUGCAAAAACGUUACCUGUAGGAAGUAUGACGUGAAAUAAGUUGAAAAAUUAGCAAGUGCACAUAUACAUUGAUAUAAAUACAUGCGUAUCCAUACCGAGUACGCUUAAUUGUUACUUUUAACUCUUGGUGGUUGUGAGUGAACUUGAAAUCAACAAGUUACUGAUCGGAAGCGAAGAAAAAUUAUUCCAUAUUUUUUUUUUUUUUUAGAUGUGAAUUAGCUAUAAAUAUAGCAUGGAAAUGUAUAUUACAGAGUCAUCAAAUGGCCAACCAGUUGCCAAGUUUGCGUCAACAAACUCAAUUCCACUGACUAUUCAAGAAUCUGAAAAUAAUCUUACUACCGUGACUUCCAGAAUUUUACGAGAUAGAGAUUCCAAGUCACGUCGUUACAGUGUGCUGGAGGAUUUGAAAAUACGUAGAGACAGUUUGUUUCAUCGUGCCAAGAGAGGUAGCAUUUUUGAAGAAAAAGAAAAUAAAGAUGAGGAGCAAGGUGAUAAGCGUAAAGAAAAAAGAAGAAGCAGUGAAGGAAACAGUAGGCGUGGUUCCAUUUUUUAUGUAUCUGAAGACUUAUUGGAAGAAAAUAAGGAAGCAUUACUUGAUGAGGAUAAUAUGAUUCGGGAAUCUGAAGCUAAAAAAGGUCGAAGAAAAUCUUGGCAUCCAUUGGUUAAGUCUCGAAAAUCUGAACGUAAAAGAAAAAAGGGUCUUACCGGUAUUUCUCCUCAAACUGGUAGCACUGAAGCUCUUUAUACGGGCAGGCAUAAAAGAUUAUCAUGGUGGAAUAUCUUUGUGCCAGACUCCGUUUCCAGGAGUAAAAGCCGCAGUGUAGAUCAUGGGUUUACAACGCCAUAUGAUUUGGAGUCACUUCGCAACAAAGUUGAGAGCCGAUUCGAAUCAGUGGAUAAACUUUCAAAAGAUUCUGACAGCGAAAGUAAGGAUGGAUGUAGUUCAAAUGAGAAAAAAAAUACUCGCCUUACGCAACCAGAAAAUACUGUCGCUUAUACGGUAGGUGAGAGAGACACACUUACGUCAGUAGCAGCAAGGUUUGAUACAACACCAUCAGAGUUGAGUAAACUCAACAGACUUGGUAGCACUUUUAUCUAUCCAGGACAGCAAUUAUGGGUGCCAAACAAAGGCGAAGCACGUUUAGGCAGCGAUUCAACAACUUUAGAUGCACCAAGUCCUGAUCCUUGUCAUGAUCAUGAUUCACAAGACGAUUUGCCACCAGAAGAAAAAGAACUUUUAGACAAUUUACGGCCUGUAUCACCUAAACCAGGUCACAUGGAACGAAUCAAAACACCACUUGAUAGCAGUGAUACCACUGCAGAUGAUGAUCCUGUCUAUAGAGAAAGGUUUUUAAAAAUCACCGUUCGGCAUAUUACAGAUGGCCAGGGUGUUGUUGGUGGAGUUUUAUUAGUUACACCAAAUGCAGUGAUGUUUGAUCCAAAUGUGUCAGAUCCACUUGUUAUCGAGCAUGGAGCGGAAUCUUAUGGUGUUAUAGCACCAAUGGAAUUUGUAGUUAAUGCUGCUAUUUAUUAUGAUAUUGCUCAUAUGCGGGUCAGUCAUACUAGUGCGCGUACUACUGAUAAAAAGCCCGAAAUUUAUUAUAUGAAAAAUUCAUCGAGGUCUGAUGGACGUAAAUCUCUUUCGCCUGGAAAAGAUGAAAAUUUUUCAGAAUUAGCUGCUGAUGAUAAUGAGAGUGUAUGUAGCUGUGCUGAACGAGAGGGUGAUGCUUUUCCGAAAGCUUUUGAACGAGACCUUGUUACUCCUACAAAUUUACAAAAUGAUGAAGCAAGUGCUUGUGCAAAAGAAAAAGAUAAUAAAGAUAAGAAAAGUGAGGACUCAGAUAAAGAGUUGUGUGCUGGUGGGCAGUCUAGUAGGACACUUGAAGAACGCAGGCGUUCAAUGUUGGAUCACCAUUGGGCAGUUCCCAGCAAAGACAGAUGUUCAUUUUCUGUAGAUGAUGAGCAACAAGAUGCCGUCAGUUCAGAUAAAAAUCAACCGGAAUCGUCAAAGCCAAAUAUAAUUCCUGAAGCUGAAGAGGGAUCACUAGUCAAACAAUCAUGUCAUGAUUCUGGUAUUGAUAUACGUGACCCAAACCCUUCUUCCCUUCCUGUAGUACAACCUAUUCCUUCAAAAAAAGUGUAUUCGGAUGCGGACAUAGUUUUAUCUUCAGAUUGGGUGCCACCAAUUACAAUCGCUCCGACGAAUGUCUCUGCGAAUACUCUCGAUGCGGUGCCAUCAAUAAAUGGGAGGAAAAAAGCUAGUUCAGUAUCGUUUAGUUUAGAUAGUAAUGCCGAAGAACCGGAUAAAGAUGAAGAACCAAAAGAAGAAGACAAACCAGAGACUCGUAAAAAUAAGAUGUUGAAAAGAUUGUCUUAUCCUUUAUCAUGGAUGGAAGGUUUUACUGGAGAGAAAGAAGAUGAAAACAAAACAGUACCUGAUAAAGUAUCUAGCCUACCAAAUAGUGCAGAUAGCCAUCAUUCGUCGGUAUUCAGUAAAGUAUUUUCAAGCUCGCCGAUCAACCUGGUGAGUGACUUUAGCUCAGGACUAUUUGCUAAAACGCCGAGUGAAGAGAGCGGUGGAGGCGGUAGGGCUGGAGGAAAUACACUUCCGUCCUCCGCCUCUUCUCUCUCCCAGGACAAUCCGCAAUAUUCUCCAGCAUCUACAAGCCUCAUUGGGCGCUCAUCGAUAGGUACUUUCAUUCGCCAACAGCCAUUAAUAUCAUCAGGCAGUAGUAGUGUUGAUAGUGGUCGGGGAAGUAAAACAUCAACAGCACCACGACUUGAUUAUCGUAGCAUGGUCUCAGUGGAUGAUAUGCCAGAGUUGUUUGUUAGUUUUGACAAAUUAAUUCCACGGCCAGCACGUAGCUGCGAGGAUCCUCCAUUGUAUUUAAGAUUACGUACUGGUAGACCAAAAGAUAAAAAAAUUCCUCGUUCCACUCCUAUAAUGAGCUAUGGAAAGAAAAAACUACGACCCGAGUAUUGGUUCAGUGUACCGCGAAAUAGGGUAGAUGAUCUUUAUCGAUUUAUUCAUGCAUGGGUUCCAAAUCUUUACGGAGAAUUAGAUGAAAAUUAUUGGCAAGAACGUGGUUACAUACUUUCAGACACCGAUACAGAUUUAUCGCCGGAAGCACUACCUCAAGACAGUGGAGAAGCCACUGAAUCUGCGGAAGGAAAUAACAGGGAUGAUAUAACAGAGUUAACUCGAGAAUCAUGGGAGCUGAUCAAGGCACCCUACGUAAAGCUCUACAGCAUUUUGAAGACUACUGCAUCUGCUGACUCGGAACAAACCCAGGAUCCUGAGGUUUUGUCCAUGAGUGAAGAGCUUAGACGAGCUUUAUAUGCUAACAGUGCAAUAUCUCUAGAUGUCGAUGUUAUUGUUCCUGAUCUGGUUGGUACUACAGAAAUUCUAAGUGAUGAACAUCGAGAACAACUUUGUCGCCAUUUGCCUGCUAGAGCUGAAGGUUAUCUCUGGACACUUGUGUUCAGUACUAGCCAACAUGGAUUCAGUUUGAAUAGCAUGUAUCGAAAAAUGGCUAAAAUUGAGAGUCCUAUUCUUCUAGUCAUUGAAGACACUGAAGGGAAUGUUUUUGGUGCCCUUACAUCAUGUUCCCUUCAUGUGAGUGAUCAUUUCUAUGGAACAGGAGAGUCAUUACUCUUCAGAUUCACGCCCAGGUUCCAGGCGUUUAAUUGGACUGGUGAUAAUUUAUAUUUUAUUAAAGGAAAUAAUGAAAGUUUAGCGAUUGGUGCAGGAGACGGCAAAUUUGGACUGUGGUUAGAUGGAGAUCUAUAUCAAGGUAGAACUCAAUCAUGUAGUACAUAUGGCAACGAACCUUUAGCACCUCAUGAAGAUUUUGUUGUUAAGACAUUAGAAUGUUGGGCGUUCAUAUAGGAUUCGGCCACACUUUUGCAAAGUCCAUCUUCUACCUAACUUGAAAUGAACUAAGGUAUACAUACAUGUAUAUGUAUAUUAAAUAUUCUAAUUAUAUAUAUAUAUAUAUAUAUAUUAUAUGUAUGUAUAUAUAUUUAUGAUCAGAUUAGUUCAUGAAAUAAUACCAAUGUGGGUAAUAAUCAAAUACGAAAUGGUAAUGGGAACGCUUUGACAUGAUUGUGAUUAGUGCACUAAAAGUAGAUAAGACUUGUAUUUGCAACACAAAAACAUAAACAAAAAAUACUAAUAUAAAUUAGUUAAUAAAUGAGAAAAAUAUAUUUUCGAAGAUGAAAAAAUGAAGGGUACUCUACAGACAAAACAAUUCACUAAUAGUUAAUGCUAUUUGCGUUUAUUACUCAAAUAUGAUUGAUUAAUCAAUUAAUUAAUGUUUAAUCCUUUUGUAUUUGUAUAUUUAUUAUUUUCCAUCAAUUCAAUUGUAUGAAAUGUUAUUGCUUUACGUGCUUGAACAGUUAUCGAAUCCGUAUUAUAAUUAAUGUAUAUUCGAUUCUACUGACCAUUUUAUUUCAGUUCAUAUUAUCAAUAUAAUAUUAUGAAGUUUAAUGAGAUUAUUAUAGAGAUAAUUCAAUAUUUUGAGUGCAAACUGUGAAUAAAAAUUUUCAAAAUAUAAAUCAAUAGAAAAUAAUAUUACGAUCCAAUGGAUUUGGACGUGAAUAGAAAAGUUCAGGUGGCAUUGUUCAUGAUGCCUAUACCUCAUAGUUUAUUUAAUACGAAAUAAUAUCACUGAAAAAUUUUAAAUGAACAUUGGUUGAUGUGUAGAUAUUGUAGAUAGUUAGUGUAAAUAAACAAUUUAAAGUAGUCAAUUUUAAUAAUGUAAUGAUGAUUAUAAAUAAUAUGAAAAAAAUGAGUAAAAAAAAACUUGUAUGAAAUAAUACCGUGAUGAUAUAUAAAUAUUUAUAUAUCAAACAUAUUAAAAAUGAAAUAAAUAUCAACAUUAAUUCAGAAAAAAUAUAACAAAUAACACUAUCUUGUGAUGAAGUAUUAAGCAUAUCCGUAAAGCUCUGUGUCUGAACGAUCUAACUGACUUAGUAAUAAAUCUGUGUUAAAAACAAUCCUAUUGAUUAUACCAGUGAUUGUUAAAAAAUUAAUCACUAUUAUCGAAUUGACCAUUGCAUUUGUGACAAUUCAGUAAAUAAUUAAUACAAUACACAACGAACAUGAGCUAAACAUCUUCAAAGGUAGUUUAUUUGUCAUGAGCAGCUUUUCUUAUUUACUUUUAUAAAUUUUGCUGUUAUUUACGCGUACUUUUAAACUAUGUCUUUCUAUAUGAUUAAGUUAUCUAUUAUAAUUGUUGUUAUUAUUUUUGACUUUUAUACGUUUUAUUUCUUUUUGAUUUAAUGAAAAUAUUCAUAGUCAUGCAUGUCAUUAGUAAAUCAAUAUUAAUUAUUAUACAGUGAGUAAAUAAAUAGUACUGAGUUAUACAUUGUAA